AUGAAGUCGAUCUUUGGCCAUUCGUGCCAUGCCCGGCCUGCACGCUGGGUUCUUGUCGGUCAUCUGGCACUGCUUUUCCUCUUAAACUUCAAGCCUGCGUCUGCAGACAAGGCUACUGAGCUUGAAGAGGUGCUCCGCGCUCCGGCUAAUGGAUUUCGAGGUGCUCAACUCGAUAAAAACGAAAUCAACAAAAUCCCAGAUGCAAAGAAUCCUUUGUUGCAACACGAAAAGGAUCCUCUGUUGGAACAUCAAAAGGAUCCUCCGUUGGAAUCGCAUGCCGAUGCGGACCCCUCUAGCCUUCCGACCUUUUUGCCGAAAGAAAAAUCCGAGCCUAAAAAGAAUAUAUUCAUUAGAUUCUGGAGAUGGUUAAUCGGGAGUCACAAGACCGAAAGACCGCCACUUGGGAUACCCGGAGCUCCGGAUCCAAGACUUGAAGAAUAUCAUCCCAACCAACCUUGGUGGUCCAGAUUCUGGAAAUGGCUGACCGAGUCCGUGCCCGAUCGCAGAUUGAGGCCCUCUGCCUUCCCCAAAAUUGAUGAACUGACAGAGCCGUUCAUUCCUCCUUGGGAGAGAUGGGGUAGCAUGAAAUACCACCCAAGAACUCCGACAGACACACGAGAACACUUUGUAGUUACCAUGCGAGUUCUUGGAGACAAAUUGAGGGAGGAUCCCAGUGAAGCCAAACAUAUGUGGAAUGAGGCGCUGAUGAAGGCGGGAGGUACUCCGUUGCGUCGAAAAAUACUUUCUACCGAUUUGUUCUUUCAACUUUGUGAAAGGUUGAGCAAGCAAGAGGAGAAGGGGGCUAAAUUUGUAAAUAUGAAUAUCGAAAUUGGGAAAGCUGGUAAUAGAAUCUUCAAAGGUGAAGGCUAUCUCAAGGAAGAACUCAAGUCGAUAGUAGACAGGUUCCAACCAGGAUAUGCUCAUGGCGUCACUGGGACCAAGUGGGAUCCUGAUUUCUACCGGAGACCUCUUUCCCCACUGCUGCUUUUGGUUGACAGACCGGAGCUGUCCCCCCGAUUGUCAAAAUAUGCAAAGUGGUACCGUAAAGGGGUUGAUCUUUUUGAAAGCUUAAAGGAAACUGUAGCUGCUCUGAAAGACUAUUACGCCGAAUCGGAGAAGCUUAGCAUCGCUCAUGAAAACUACGAGGAUGAAGUCUUAUAUUACUUCAAUCACCUGGAUCAAAUCGACGAUCGUAACUUUAUGACGGAUAUCACUCGAGAAGGGUUGUCGAAUGAAGAACUCGAGAAAAUCAAGAAAAAGGCUGGACAAGGAAAUACGGAAGCUCCACCAGCUGCCCAAGGGCAUCCAGAAUCUGCAUCAGCUGCUGCCCAAGGGCAUCCGGGAUCUGAACCAGCUGCCCAAGAGCAUUCGGGAUCUGAACCAGCUGCCCAAGGGCAUCCGGGAUCUGAACCAGCUGCCCAAGGGCAUUCGGGAUCUGAACCAGCUGCCCAAGGGCAUCCGGGAUCUGAGCCAGCUGCCCAAGGGCAUCCGGAAUCUGAACCAGCUGCCCACGAGCAUACAGGUUCUGCACCAGAUUCUCAAGGGAAUACAGGUUCUGCACCAGCUUCCCAAGGGCAUCCAAAAUAA